AUGAUGCGUUCGUUCAGUGUCGCCGCCCUCGUUGUGGGCGCUGUCAUCGCUACUCCAGUGCCCCAGGGCUUUGACUGGGACGCUAUCGCGGAUCUCGCUCCUGUGCCCUCCGCCAGCAUACCUAUCGUCAACGCUGCCGCUCAGCAGACGACUGUAUCCUUCGCAGCCACUGCGGCAGCGUCGUCGGUGUCGUCCGCCGUGCUUGCUCAGCCAACCGACACAUCCUUGAGAAUGGUCAAGCGAGUAGACAAUAGCGCCUGCGCCGUCCAGCCAAGCUCGCAGGAUACCGCAAGUGCUUUCUCGAGCAAUCAGGACUUUGCUGCCGAUGCCAACAACGCUGUCACACCCGUUGGGUACACACUUGCUUACUCCAACAAAGCUGGAUCUAGCGAGGGCGUUUACGGCUACAUGGGCUACAGCUUGCUCGAUGUUUAUGACACUGCUACUUGCGCUGCAAGGUGUGACAGCGUCCAUGGCUGUUCGAGCUUCAACAUCUAUCUUGAACGGGACCCAUCACAAGACCCAACGAGCACCUGUAGCGACCCAGCGUCUACUACGGUCAUCAAGUGUGUCUACUACGGUGGCCCAGUCACUGCCACAUCCGCCACCAACGUUGGCCAAUGGCGCAACGACUUUCACGUUGUGAUUGCCGGGUCCAAUGGGUACGUCAACAACAGCAUCUCCACCCCAGCAGGCUACACCGGACCGGUAGCCCUUGGCAAUGCCGCAAUAAACGCUCCUCUGGACUGCGCCGGGCACGACACCUACAUGGGUGUCAAGAUCUUCACAUCCGGGCCUUUCGAUGCCAGCUUAUGUGCCGCAGCUUGCUCUUCUCAGUCGGUCUACAAUCUCGCCCAUCCUCCACAGAAUGGUGUGGCACAGACUUGCCAAUUCUUCAACACUUACGUUCUGUACAAUGGCACACAGAGCGUCGGACAGUACUGCAGCCUCUACAAUGAGAGUUGGCCCGCAAGCUUCGCAACGAAUGUCGGACAGUACAGGAGCGCAGACCACUUCACGGUUGGCUACUCGUAUACUUUCUCGAACACGACUGGUGGUGCUGAUGUGCCAGCUGGCUGCACCAACCCAGCUCAUCCAUAA